UUCUUCUGCUGCGGCUUACUUCGGGCAUCACUGCGUGCGAUCCCUCGCCCAACCUCCAGCCCAUUUUCCUGGGUAGAUUCCCGCGGACAUCCUCCUCCUCUUUCGCGGCCACCCAUCUUCUUCGUUUUCGUGGCCAUUCUUCUCCUUCGUGGCUAUCCUUCUCCGUCGUGGACAGUUUUAUACACCAAUCCGCCAGUCUUCCCACCAGCAAGUUGGUCUUCCAAGUUCCAACCAGCCAGCGCCUCGAUCUCGCCAUAUACCUCUCUCUUCCACCGUGACCGACUCUCCUACUCGUAUCCACCCUGCAGCACCAGCAACACCUGCAGCAGCACCAUCACCAGCACCGCAAUGUCCCCCCCACCGCCGCACUCAACCAACCACGCAUCCGUCCCCAAGCCCAAUCCCAAGCCCAAGCCCAACCGCGACUCCGGGAUCUCCAUCCCAGCGUCACCCACGUCCCUAUGCCCCGCCUCACCCGCACCCACGACCUCCGACAUCCACAACAGCAACCAGCACCAGCAGCUACCGGACACGUCGCCGUCGCCUCCCCCCUCUCGCAGCGAAAGGCUCAGCCGCUCCCCGGUCAUGACGCGGUUCAUGACGAUUGAUCCAAACGACUCGCCGCUGCGCUUUGAGGAAAUGGUCGCCAUUAGAGAGGGUCGCGUGAGACUUGGUGAGGAUAUGCUGGAGAAGCGCAGGAGGGAGAUGGAUGCGGAGGAUAUGGAUGAGGGCGUCGGGGGUGACGGGGCAAGAGGAAGAGAGGGAGAUGGAAGCCGGGUUGGGAGGGAGUAG